GCGAGAGGUGGCGGUGGUUUUGUACGGUAGAGGAAAGAAGGGUUAAGUGAGCCGUGCCGGGCCGUACAAGCGAGCUAGCGGUGGCGCGGCCCGUGCUCGUGCCAUAGGGCCUCUGCCAACCAGUAGUGCUCGUCGAUUCGUUUACAAGAUGGCAGACGGUCCGUCCGCGGAAGACGCGGCCGCCGACUUGAGGGACAGUGAUUUUCGUUUGACGAGGGAACGGCACAAACGUCAGGACGCCUCGUCUUCUAUGACGUCCUUCAUUGUGGGUCAGAAUAUCGCGAGACGCAUCCGCCAAGACGCUUCGGUGUUCGAGAAUCAUCCUUAUCAUAGGCAACAACAUCGGUCUCUGCGUCAUAAUUCUCAUCUUUUACGCCGAUACCCUGGUAAUGCAAACGUUAACGGUGUCAACAACAACAAUGGUGGUGGCGUCAUCAUGAUCAACAAUAACCAUCACCUUCCAAAUCAUCAUCAGUUCGUGAGCAAAAACGAGAGUGAUUGCGUUGACAUGAUUUGUGUUACUCCGUUCACAUCACCGAUCAACGAGGAUUACGAGGAAGAAGACGACGAAGACGACGACGACGACGUCGACGAGGAUGACGACGAUGACGACGACGACGACGACGACGACAACGACUACGAUGAUGAGUUAGAUGAAGAAGAUGACGAGAUAGGAACGAACAGGAAGAAGAGUGCAUCGAAAGAAUAUCGUGGCGGUGUUCGGAUCGAUGUAACAAAGACGGUGAAAAAUGGAACGAGUGGCGGCGAUAAUAGUAAUGGUAAUGGUAACGGUAGCAGUAAUAAUAAUUAUAAUAAUACUAAUAAUAACAAUAAUGGUAAGAGUGGUGGUGAGGGUGGUGCGAUGACCGGUCACGCGACCGCGAUGGUGACGGCAACGGCGACGCGCGAUGACAAUGCUGCUAACUGUUUGGUCGGCGAUGGGCGACGGUUGUGGACCACCGUUUUCCUCGACGCGGAUGCUCCGAGAGUAGACGGCGCGGGUGCAAGCGAAAUGAACGAGUGCCGUCGCGCGGAGGACAGGAACAGGGACGAGCACGCGUUAGAAAAAGUGAAUCGCCUCGGUUGCGAUAAGAGGAGCGAGGCCGGCGGCGACGGAGCCGAGGACGCGACACAAAACACGACGGACCGCAUAGUUAGUGAUGGCAGUAGUGAUCGUGGUAGUAGUAGUGGUGAUGGUGUUGCUGAUGCCGCUGCUGCUGUUCCUACUUCUGGCGGUGGUGAUGCUGGUGCCGCUGGUGCUACUGCAAAUGGCCUCCUCGCCAACAGGCAUCAGGGCAGCCCUUUUAAGGGACAAGUUAGGAUGGCCGAGGACACCCUCGUCGGCCCUUGCGGCAAGAAGCGGUGCGCCGAUCGAUACGACAGCUCCGAGAGUUCUGACAGUGGCGUUGCUAUAUCAUGCGGCGAGUGCAGCAGCAGUGGUACCAGCGAUAUUACGGAACCGGGUUCACCGUGCAGUACCAGUAGCGACGAAGGGGUAGCGAUACGGGGCGCGUCUGCCAGUCCACUUCCGUCCCUACCCAAGCUGGCGCCGUCCUCGCAGGUCGGCACCAGGCCCCAGUGGCCCUGGACCCCGCCAUUGGCAGCCACCCCGUGCUCUACCUACAAGAGGCUCAGGGGUGAGCCCGAGGCUGGCGCCGUACCAAGGUCCGGGGCCGCGGAUCCAACUUUCCGGGGAACCAUUAAAUCGAAACCGAACGUCGGGCAUCAUCAUCAGGAGUCGUCUCAGGGGAAGAUCACCGAGUACUUUAAAACUCAAAUUAAACCUCAGCAGCUAAAGAUCAAGAAGAACAGCGAGGCCAUGUCGGUAUUGGUCGCGAAGAGUUCAACGGAGUUUCGGAGGCCGUCCACGAUCCAGAGGAACAAGGCUGGCUUGGCCAAAUACCUAGGGACCGUGACGCCUAAUGGAAGAAUGAACAACUCCAACAAUGAUUGGGAAGUAAGGAGCACGUUGACGGUACCGUCGCCGGUGAAGAGACCGCUGCCGGUAGUGAUAAUACCGAGGACCAAUGGUAAGAUGGAUAAGAAGCUGCCUAAACCGAUGGUCAGCCUGCCCGUGUCAAACGAUGUAUUGAAGAGCAUCCCGAGUUGCAAGAUCACGUCACUAAGGUUAUCUACGGAUCCAAUGUCGGGCAUAAAAAAUAUUUCGACGUCACCGUCGACACCAACACCUGCUCUAACCAACGAGGUUGCAACCCUCGAUUUUAAGGGAUGCAUACUUUCGAAGCCUCACACGAACGAAAACAACAAUCUGACGAACGGAUGUGGGAGCAUCCUCGACUCACUGAGGUCUCAGGCCAGCGUGGACCCAUUGGCGAGGCUAAAAGUACCGGAGUCGGAAACCGAGAAGAUUAAGGAGCGACAGGCGAGUCCCACCGACGAUGUCGAGGAAGAGGAAGAGGAUUCGAGGAGCAGCGUAUCGAAGCCACCUUUGUCGCCUAUUCUUUCUGCGCCGACCACCAUACGAUUUCCGGCCAGGGAACCGGAGCGGCAGCAAGGGGCAGACAGCGGUGUCUGUCGAUGGGACAAGUGCGAAGACAACUUCGAAUCGAGCGGAGAACUUCUCGAGCACUUGCAGGUGGCGCAUAUUAACUCGCAAACUGGAGGCGACAAUUUCGUUUGCCAGUGGCAAGGAUGCAAAGUACAAGGGAGAAGCUCCUGCUCCAGGAGGUGGCUGGAACGCCACGUGUUAUCGCACGGUGGCAACAAACCCUUCCGCUGCAUCGUCGAUGGCUGUGGAAGCAGAUUCAGCUCUCAGCCCGCUUUGGAGAGGCAUGUGAACGGACAUUUCAAUCAAUCGGAGAAUAGCAACAGCAGUAAACGGAGUUGCGAAAGCGGAGGAAAACUGGUCAGAAGAAAUGGGAAACGUCUCCGAUACAGGCGGCAACCUUGGUCAGCGAGGAUAUUCGACUACUUCGAUUCUGGGGUGAUGGAAGGUCUCCAGCACAGGCUACACCAAUUGGCGAAGUCAAGAACGCAAGGUCGUCUCGCGGAGACUCCGGGAAAUUCGAUGGCCCUAACUAGUCAAGUAUUAGCUCGAAGAGUAGAAUUGGAUGGGAAGACUAAAGUUCUGCUGCGAUGGUAUCCUCCAGACAUCGAGCCGGACGAGUGGGUGCUAGAAUCCGAAGUACAAAGCACGAAGAACGUGGGUAUAAGAAAAGCUGCGGCGAGCCACCCCGAAGAAGUUAGCCUCGCCCUACAUCCGGCAAUAAGCGACGACCCGCCGCCGGUGACGCGAGUGAAGCAGCGUCGAAAACCGGUGAAGAACUCGUGAUGAUGUCGACGUCACGGUGACCGAGGAUAAGCGUAACGAUUAAGAACCAACCGAUGAUACAAAAGCCAGAGAACUGCGUCAGAGACGAGUCCUGUAUCAGGACGGUACUCGAGUUUUCUGGUCUGUACAGAAGGGGCUUGGUGAACCGACAAACCGGAACCGAAACCGGGGUUAAACGUUCUGCCUCGCGAGAGUAAGGAUGGAUGUCCAAACGGGAGAAUCGACGUUCGAGAAAAACGCUACGCGCGAAGAUCAAAGGAGCCAUUGCGAGCUGUAAGAGUCUCGCAUCCUCGGCUGUGGAACCGAACAAGGAGAGACAAACAAACGGAACGAAUCACUGGGAAUGUAGCUGAAGAGUACCCGACACGUGGGGAAGAAAGAGUAAAUACAUUCUAAUUUAUUUAGCCUAAAUCGAUCGAUCUUUAGGUGAUAUAAUUAGUAGAAUCGUUGUAAUAGCGAUGAAGCGAUAUUCUUGUUGCCUAUCGAUAACUAAAUCGUCGAAACGUUGGGGUCGAUUCCUGCCACGAGUGCCUGUCGCGUUAGAUUGCGUCCGAUAGCAAGGCGCGGCUCGCACUCGUCGGACUCGGAAGGGCUAGGCUUGGGCCUCAAAAGUGCCUCACCGUGGAUGCGUUUUUAUAUCGGUGACCGUCGUACAAGACCAAUGAAUAAAACGACGGUGUUGAAUUAAAAUGCAAAAAAAUAAUAUUAAAGAAAAAUAAAAACAAUAACGCAAAACUAAGAUUUUACUCGGCGCGUUAAAACGCGCGGAGAAGAGGAGGAAAAAAAAGUAGAAGACGCUGUUAAACGUUAGUUGACGAUUGUAAGGAGAUAAUCACUCUGGUGGCCUUAGGAAUCAAUUAAUAUCUAACAAUGGCCCCUUGGCACUUCCGGGCCCUGUUUAAGAUACCCCUAGCAAGAGAGAAAUCGGGAAAGAAGAAUAAGGGGUGCAGAAUAUGAAGGGUGCUGCGAAACGUAGACCUGCACCACUCACCCUCGACCCUAAACCAACAUUCAAAAGUAAAUGCGUAUCUACCUCGAUCUUCAACUCGGUAGAAAUUGAUGGAGGCCGUUGUCGUACGACGAGGGAGGAAACGAGGAGAAGCUGGAAGGAGAACGAGAUGAAGAGAGGGUGAGCGUGAGCUCGUGGAUUAUGCCGGAUAACAAAAUCUUACGAAAAGAGAACGGACAAUGGACGGAGGAAAUCGCAACGUGGUAUCGACGAGGAAGAAACGAAACAAGCUUGAUUUUUAUUUUUGAAAAUGGGGACUCGAUGCAAAACUUGAAAUGAGAAAGAGAUAAGUCGAACGAUUGAUGCGCCAACAAUGGAAUUUCUAUCGAGGUUCAUUUGUUUUUUCCCUUUAGAAAGAGUUGUACAAAAUGAAAUUAAAAUAGAGAGAAAAAGAGAAGAAAUAGAAUAAGAGAGAGAAGAAUUGCGUGCCCGAGAUGUAUACGAUUUCUCAGGCACUCCAUCCUCGCCUAUUUUUACUUUUCCUCUGGAUUAGGUGCAGCAUGCGCAUGCAGACUUGUCGCUAUAUAACGAGGCAAUAACAUCAAGCGAUUAUUUCUUUCCGUUUAAUCCCUCUUGUUUAAUUGUUACCUUCGCCGAGUCGGCGCGAACAAGAAAAUUACCAAAGCAGGAAUCUCCACACAAUUGUCCAUUUCGCCGUUGGAUCUCAAAAUCUUUUAUAGAUUUUCGAAUUCGAACAGUUCCAAGUUUCAUUGAUUUGCCGUUCCAUUCGAUCGGAAGAAGAAACGUCAAGAGGAGAGAAGACAGGAAAACGCAUUGAAGAAACGUGAUUGAACGAUCAGUUGGAGAUACCUGCGCCAAAAAUGUAUUAUAUCUCCGGAAAGAAAUGUGAGUAAGUCGACAGCGAGAGCGAAUGUAUCGUGCUGUAUGAUUAGUAACGAGAAGAACUGUUACUGCUCUAUAUAAGGAUAAAAAGAAACACGAUGGCUGUGUUACAUUUUCCACGGAGUUAACUAAAGAAGAAAAGGGGUUGGGGGAUUAAAUUGAACGCGAAAUUACGAACAAAGAAGCAGGGAAGAAGAGGAGGACUGGAUACGUCGGAUCGCUAUUUUUCAUAGGUGUAGAUAACGCCGACGAUCGUAGAAAAUCUAUUUCUCGUAUCGCGGAAGUCUCUGACAUCAUGAUGGAUGUGUGAUGCCGCACGUUGUACACAUAUAAUAAUUGUAGAUGGUAAAAGAGAAAUACAUUGUAAAUUAAGAGAAGUUAUGAGUUGGAGAGGAUAGAGAUACGUGUCGACGACGUGUUGUGUAGCUGGUAUCGAGUUGAUUGAAAGGAAUCGAACGUAGGAAGACUGCGAAUGAGACAACUGGAGCGGAAGAGGAGAAACUUGGAAUACACACACACGGACAGAAACACCUACACACACCAGCUAAGAAACACUGCCAAUACGAUUUUAAUUAAGGAACCUCUAAGCUAAUUGAUCGAUUAAUUAUUCUUACUAUUAUUAUUAGGAUAAAUGUAUAACCCGAUAGAUCUCUAGUUGCCGCGAACGUAUGGAAAAAGCGUCCGGAUUUCCUAGAUUCGCGUACGCGCGCAAAUCUUUUCGUCGGUCGCAAUUAUAAAAUAGAGGUCCCACGCUAGUUUCCUUCCUGAAUGCACCGACGAACAUGUUUGUCGGCGCGCGCGCGUGUUCACGAGUAAUCGCGGUCGAGCGAAUGUACAUAGUUAGAUGAAAUUAUCGAUAGACAUUGCUCGGCGGUACGAACACCGCCGUUAUCUUGGGGAUAUUCAAAUCGCCGACCGAUUCCAAACGAGGAGAGAUCCCUUUUUUAAAACCCGCGUCUCUUGUUUCGGUGAGAAGAGUCGUGAGGGUGGGUCUGGAAGAGAAGAACGAUUCGCGCACGGGGAGGAGAGACGUGCCACUGCCAAGUAAAAUCGUGCACUGCCAAAAAGGAAAUCAUGCACUGCCAGCCGUUCUAAAAGUCACAUUCAUACAGUCAAUAGCUGCACACCCAUAGAAACUAAUCUCACUUUACAAAAGCUAUCGCGCUUCUAUCUUAUACUAGGUAGUUCCGAGUUUGUUAGGCGCGAAUCGUUUUCGAAAACUGCCCACCUUCCGACCGAUCGAUUUUUUUUACUUUUUUUUUUAGUUUUCCGUUUUUUAUGAUACUGCCAGUCUGUCGUCGGCAGACGCAAAUCAAGGCACUGCCAGCGAAACAUAAGACAGAGCAAAUCUCAGUCGCAUAUGUAUGUAUGUAUGUAUGUGUGUACCACGUAUAUCUCAUCGUAUAUACAUACAUAUAUGUAUGUACAAUUAUUAUACAUACGCAUAUUCAUUGAAAAUCAUUAUUGAAUUUGAUGCAGGCAGAUUGAUUUACGUGCAUACGUUUCGUUUGUUUUCCCUCUUUCACCGUUGGCGCAGAAUGUUUCCCUCGUUAAUACUUCGGUUUUCGAGGCUCCCCGGCUGUUAGCUGCGUGCGCGAAUCAUUCCUCGCGUUUGCCGUUCUCGUUCCUUAUUGUUUUUCGUCUCGUUCGGUAAUCUCGUGGCGUGGUUACGAUUCACUCGUCGUUCCUUUAGUUCCACUCGCGUUAGAUUCUCUUAGGUCCAUUAGAUUAGCAGAAGAAUGCUAUCACGGGUGGUACCACGUUCUCUCACGCGGAAAUCCUCGUAUUUUUUCUUCAUCCUCGCGAGAAUCAAGAGUUCUUUUCUUUGAAAAAUAGAAGAGAUAUCGUAGGAUCGAUUAUUAGAUUUAGGAUGUCUAGUUAGAAAUCAUUAAGUUUAUUUUGCGCGAUUAGGGUGUAACUUGAUUCUCUUGUUUCGCGACGCGGUGGAACGGCAGUUGAAAUUUCCGAUCACGCUUGAUCUCGUGACAGUGGACCGUGACGAAAAAUUUAAGUCGAUACGAUCCGGGAAUCUGAUCUUUCUCUCGAGUCUAAUCGUUUCGUAAACGUAUCUAAUAGUUGAGUAAAGUGAAAAACUAUCCGAAAACGGAUUUGAGUUGUGACUGAAUUAUUCGAUUUACUAAAAGAUAUGUCCGUUGUUUUUGCGAGGAAAAGUUUGGUCACGGCGGACGAAAAGAGGCAAAACACCGGGAAACAGAACGGAAAAAGACUGCCCAAGUAUCGAGAUGGUUUACUUUAAAUUUAAGAAGGACGCAAUUGUACGUACGUGCGUUUUUGCGCCUUUUCGUAAGAGGAACCCGCGAGAUACGUUUUUCGCUCGUACUCCUCGAUGAUUUAGUGUCCCUAUCUUAAUCCCGUUUUUUUAUAUCGAUCAUUUUUUUUUAGGAUUAGUAACUUUUAUUCACGCGAUUCUACACACUAAACAGUAAAUGUAUAUUUUAGCGAGACGUUGUAAAGCUUUGCGCAAGUAAAUAGGUAUCGAUUAGCGUCGGGAGCGAGCGAGAGAGAGACUCGAUCUGGGAAAGAGCUACGUUUCAGAAACUUGUUCCCCUCUUUUCGUUUUGAAACUGAUUUUUGUGCGAAUACGGUAUGCUUUAUAGCUACUCGAUCGGGUCUCAAUUUUGUACAUGUGUGAAAAGCGUAAAGAGAAAAAUGAGAGACAGAAUGUUUACGUGGACAGAAUGCGAAAGAGUCGAAAGCAAAGAGCACGCUGUUAUAAUUGUAAUAAGGCGUUUAGAACACUGUGUAAAUAAAAGAACACGAUCGAUCACGACAGUAAGUCCGGAUGAAAAGAAAUAAAUACCAGAUUACGAAACGAUGGGCGAGAAAAUGCGAAAUGAAGGAAAAGUAUGUAGAAGCGUAUUGAGAAAUAUUACAUUUUUUUGCAAUUUAAUACUGAAGACUUUUAAAGGAUCAUUUGGAGUCGUAUUUUUCCGAUAUUUUUCUUGCUUAGAAUUUGGUACGAUCAUGUGGGAAAUGAAGACCUUAGUGUUUUUCUUUUACAAAAAAAAGAGAAAAUCGACGACAUCGCUACAUCUGUUCUUUUCUCAUCGAUUCAAAGCGUGCACUUAAAUUGCGAAAUUUAUCGUUGGUACAGAGAUAACUUUGUAACGCAAGGAUGCAAGAAGUAAAAUCUGACCAUAUUUUCAAUCCACUCGACCCUGCAACCCUCGAGUACGAUCGCGUCUAUACAUAUAGUACAUGUUUGUAACUGCGCACAGAAACGAAAGCAAUAGAAUAAAAAUAAGUGUAGAUACUUUAGAAUGCCAACUUGUUAACGCUCUCCGAAUAGAACGUACUCAGGAGUUGUACCGAGUAGAAAAGAAACCGCCUCAAACGUGCUUCUCGUGCCGGUGCUUCGGAUUUCAAACGAGCGAUAGCGUUCAUUCGAUUCGUCCACUUAUUAAACCCACCGAUUCAUCGAGUUUCAUUUACCCGUUCAAUUUUUUUCAAAUCGUGCGAGUUUCAAUUCCGAAUUGCCUGCACGACGUAGCAUACACAGCCGAAUUUAAUGACAAAUUUCGAUGCGUUUGACGACGAGGAAAAAUUUACUUUCUUGUUCAUCGUGAAAAAGAAAUAAAAGGCGAAACGACUGGUUUAAGACGAGAAUCGUCCACCGAAUCUGGCUUUCUAGUUUUCACGGCUCUCUCUCUGAGGUGCAAGGAUAUUUUUUGUAUAAACGCGCGGCUUUGUAAAUGUACAAAAGAAAAAUUAAAAAAAAAAUAUGAAAAUAAAAUAGUAGAAUUAGUACGAACGAUUACGAAUAGAGAAACAUACGUUAGGAUGGGAUAGAGUCUCGCCCGACCGCGAGGGAGAAAAUCGUCAGAGUGAUUAUUUUAUCAAUGUAAAUAUGUAACUGAAGCGUUAUCGAGUAACGAUGUAGUCGUUUUUUUAAUCGAUCGGCGCGGUGGCUAUAGGCAUAGCGGUAUUACGAGCAUAGUGUUUGCAUUUAUUAUAAAUUCUAUGUAAAAGUGCGGGGAGAUUCGCGGUGACCGCGAGUCAGAGAUCGCGUCGUGUAUACCGUGUAUUCGGAUCGAUCGAUCGAGCGAGAAGUAGAGGCACGGUAAUAUACAUAGUCGACGUUCCUUUCGUAAACUUCUUCCAUAUCGUUUGCUCGCGGCGAGCUUAUUAUUCCCUUUACUCAUCGUAUUACGGAAUGCGUAUCUCUUCUCUUAUAGUACGUGUACGAUCAUUCCACGAUUCUUCCGUUCGGUUUUGCUCUCCCUGUUGGUCGCGACUAAUCAGCUUGUCACGGGCACGCCGCGAUGGUUUGUUUCGGUUCGGAGGCGUGUCGUAAUAAAGAAAACAGUAGACGAUUAAAUAUUGCAUAGUUUCGAUUAAUAAUAAAUCCUUUAGACUACGUAGGGAAACUGCGCGAGGGGAUGGCGUUUUUCGCCGUGGCGUGUACAAUAAAAGUCGGGGAAUCAUUUUUCGAUCGUUUGGUGGUAUAUUUCCCGAUCGGCAGGGAACCGCGACGUAAAAUGAAAACUGGAAAGCCCAACUCCGAUCAUGUUCACUCACAUCGUUUCUUCAUCGAAGAUUGCUUCAAUUUUUCACGACUCAAAGCGAAGUGGCAAUAAAUCGUGCGUGAUCUCGGAAACGAAGUAUAUCCCAUUGCACUCUCGGUAUUUUAAUUGUUACGGCUAGGGGUGGUCAUUUGCCACUUCAUUGCGUGAAACUACGUUUUCUCGUAACGAAUUGACACUGCGAAUUGAAAGAAACCGAAGAUCAGUCCGGGGAAACGAGAGGUGAAAGAGCAAUCGCUUCGCACUGCCAAACGGAAAAUAUAUAUGUAUGUAUGUAUGUAUGUAUAACAGAAGCUUAACGUCUCGCAUUCGUUGCGUGGAUCGAUAUUCGUCGAGCGAUCGUCGAAGGCACCGCGGUGUUCAUUAUGUAUUAAUCCACAUAGUGGUAACCCCGAGAGAAUCAGAGUAAAAACGAUGAGAAAAUGAUGAGUGCGCGUAGGACGAGAUGAUAAUAUUACCUGUAUAUGCGUAUAGGUGAAGCGUACGCGAAGUUUUUUAAGACCCGUAUUAAGCGCGAGAACGUGUGAAUAAAUAAACGAGACGUCGAACAUGUGCUUUUGACUUUUUGGAUACUUUCAUGUACAAACACGAAUGAUGGUUUAUAGCUCAAGGAGAAUAUUAAAGAGACAGAUAUUGUAAGAGAGUAAUAAUAAUUUCACGGUUACGAUAUCGAA